GAGGGACUUUGGAGGUAGAGGAGAAGAAACAUCUGUGGCUUCCAAAUCUCAUGAGCGGCCGCCACCAACUGCACUGCACUUCCUUCACCGCUCUCCUCUGGAUCUCUGGCUGAGUCUGAGCUGCCGAGGCUUCUCUCUGACACACACUCGGCCACACACUCCCGCCUUUUUCCAGCCUCCUGUGACUGUAGCUCUGGUCUGUCACCUGCACUCCUGUCACAGCAUGCAGCUCCUGGUGGUGUUAGCAGCUCUCAUGGGGGUUCUGUUCAGCGUUAGAGCAGCUGCCGUGCUUCCUGUGGAGGAUAGGAGCCCCAUCCAUGUGAGCAGGGAGCUGAGCAAAGAGCGCAAGGAGCUGAUCCUGAAGCUGGUGUCAGGCUUGUUGGACGGAGCCCUGGACACCAACAUGCUGCCGGGGGAAUCGGCCCCCGUGGAUCUGGAGGAGCCGCUGGAGUCUCGUCUGGAGGAGAGGGCUGUCUAUAACAGGCUAUCGUUGCCUCAGCGCGACCGUAAAGCCCCCUGUAAAAACUUCUUCUGGAAAACUUUCACCUCCUGCUAACAGUGCCACCCGGCUCUGCCUCCUCGACUCCUUUUCCCUCGCAGCUCUACAUGAACUGCAGUAGACCUCAGCUGUACAUAUCAUCUUCACCUGUCAGACAUGCAGCAUCGAUGGACUUCACCGAGACCGUGUGUCUGUUUAAAUAUUGAUGAUUUAUGUAUGUAUUUAUGUAUACAAUAUAUGUAUUUAUGUAUGUAACAGUUUCUUUCAGGGUCAACAAUAAAGCAUGGAUAUAAUA